UUGUGGAUAGUCAUCAUUUUGUUUUCAAGUGUUUCAUCGACAUGUCCAAUAUUAAAUUUACUGUUUUUGUCGUUUGUGUUUCGUGCGCUUGGAUUAUAAACGCAAGAAUCGUGAAACCAUCCUAUGGAGUUGCCAAAUAUCAACCUUACCAACUGCAGCAACAAGAACAGCCCACACAGGAAUACAAAUACGAAGCAAAUCCAGAUCCAGCUCCCGUACAAUUGCAUCAAACAAGCGUGCCAACGUACAAGCAUCACUACGCAGCAACCAAACAUUCAGCUGGAAAUUAUCAUACCAGUGCGAGACACGCUGAUGAAGAAAAUCACGACGAUCACCAUAGUCAUCCAAAAUAUAAAUUUUCAUACCAUGUCGAAGAACACAAAACUGGUGAUUACAAGCGACAUGAAGAAGAGCGUGACGGGGACGUCGUGCACGGCGAGUAUUCUUUGAUCGAAGCCGAUGGUAGUCUGCGGACCAUUAAGUACACUGUUGAUAAAGAGAAUGGGUUUCAAGCGAUUGUGGUUAAAGGAGAUGCUAAGAAGGCCAGAAAGUGA